UCCCUGGUUUCAAAGGAAGGAGGUCUAGCCAAUGUCUUGUAAUGUGUGGGGAAGUGAAGGUUCUUUUGUGAAAUGGAAGCGAAGUAAUUGCCGGCAUUGUCUGUAUUGUACCAAAACUGUGCUACAAUUUGGUUGUGGGUUUGCGGAAGGCCACAGAAUUUAUUAGCUUUGGGAUUUGCGGAUUCGGCGUUAUGAGGCAGCAGUGAUUUUCGCAACAUCUGACCUUGAAUUAUGUACUUCUCAGUCGGAUGGCCUGAUGUUUUCAAGCCCCAAGAUAGUGAUGGCGGGGAUCUCAUACUCGUUAGAGCCAAUGACUCCCAGUCCCUGUUUGCCGUGUUGUCAGCGCGGUCUCUGUAUAUCUGGUCUAGCAAGCCGCGCGUAUUGUCAUCUGUCUACUCGCGUUGUGAGAAGUCAAUAAGCGACCAUGGCACCAAUGCCGAUCUUGUGUGGGCUGCCAGUGGAGAUCGUCUUGUUGUUUCCACGUCCAGUGGACGGUUGCUGUUCUUCCACGUUGAAAACGAUACGUCAGAGACAGCGUUCCCCAACGAAGCACACCAUGGGAUUGUGUCUUCUGUUACCCUUACUCACACUAACGUUGUGCCAGUGGCUGGAGAAAUAACAUGCCUUCAUCGUAUUGAUGGUCCAUGUGUUGUGACGAAGACGCACAUCCUUCGCUACAAGUGGAAUGGCUCGCUAAUGUAUGCUCUGACAAUGCCACCUCUAGUUAAUCCCGAUGCUGCAGCAGCGACCCCUUCCUCGGAAAACGUUGAGAAGUAUGUUGUCCACUUGGAAUUUCAGCCACUGAUGCGUGGCAUCGGCCUUGUCUUCAACACUGGCGAAGCAGCUUUCUGGCUGAAUCCAGCGAAGAAUCACACGGCACUCGCCUGGGCUCCCGGUGUGGAGGCUGCGAACCGGGUGGCGCUAAACGGGAAGUUUAGGCUGAUGGCUGUUGGCACGCGGAGUGGCAAGUGUUUUGUCUUCACACUUGAGGAUGAGUUGAACAAGUUGAUGCUCUCUCACACACUGUUCCUGGCAAGCACCGACUACCCGAACCUACACCUGGGCGCAGUCAAGUGCCUACAGUGGUCACCCGAUGGCUACGCACUCGCCAUGUCCUGGCACGGCUUUGGCUUGGCCGUGUGGAGCUGUUUCGGAUCUUUGCUAUAUGCAUCGGUUACCAACGAUCACAAACUCCUGCCUUCCUGGCCGAUGCAUUGCCAGCUUGAGAUAUAUUCAUUGGCUUGGCUAGCUACUGGUUUCCAGCUGAUGUUCUUGGCAAAUUCCCUGCAUCCAGAUGCACCCCAAACGCAAGGAAGCAUCUUUACCAUGAAGUUUGUGAAGAGUGCCCUGACAUCAAAUCCAUGUUUUAGCAAUCAGAAACAUCUCGUUCUCUACGGCGACAACCAGGUUCUGCUGCAGCCCGGCGAGAGUAUUCUAAGGAGCCGGGUCAUGCCUCCUAUGCCCAGCACACGACCUGAAUCUUCUACGUCUCGAACCUCUCUAACAAGCUUUGACGAUGACUUACGGCGAUCAGUCGACCUGCCCAUUCCCAUCAACCUGGUGAUUGGGCCCACGUCGAAACAGGUGUCCGUUUCAUCUGUACAGGAUGGUGUGCGUGGCAGUGACUUUGCUCACCAGCAACAACAAUCCACCCAGCAACCUUGGAUCACUCUGCAGGUACCGGAGAAGUAUAUACAAGCGAACUGGCCACUACGGUAUGUUGCAGUGAGUGAUUCGGCACGCUAUGUUGCCGUGGCUGGACAGUACGGCAUAGCGCACUGUAAUGUAGCAACGCAGCGUUGGAAAGUCUUCGGCAAUGUCUCACAGGAGACGAAUAUCACUGUGUGUGGUGGUCUGGCAUGGUGGAAGGACAUGAUAGUGGUACCAUGUCACAACUACAACGAUGACAGUGAUGAGAUUCGGUUCUAUCCCCAAUCAUCCAAUCUCGACAACAGUAAUGUAGCUCUGACAUUACGGGUACCGUGCGUAAUUCACCUCAUCAACCUGCUAAGCAACUGCCUGUCGGUGGUGACGCGCGACAAGAAGCUGCACCUGUUUGGCCUGCGCCUGGACAAGAACGGCCCCAGCGGAUCAGGCAUGAUUGUGCUGCACAGUAUGCCAGAGUUAUCGUUAGCGCAGUUCGUUCCGUCUAUAGUACAUCUCAUCGCGCUGUUUCCCACCGAGAUGUCAAUGGAAGCGUCAUCGGCCGACAGUGAUAACAGUGCGAAUCCGAAGGCGGAGGGAACGUUACCGAAGUCGCUGGUUGCGAAUGUGUCCGGCCGAGUGCUGGUGCUGUCGCGUGACCUCGCAUCUGCACCCUCCUCUCAACCGUCAACAUCACAGUCAGCAAGCACUGUACCGUACUGCCGGCCAGUUGCCCUGGCCUCGUCUGUAGAAAUGAUCUGGUCUGCUGCACACUCUACAUCAUGCCGCUACCUGCAGCAGGCGCUGUGGUUGGGCUGCGGUGCAAGCGGGAUGAAGGUGUGGCUACCUCUCUUCCCAACUAGUGACGACCCGCAGCCAUCGUUUCUUUCUAAGCGCAUCAUGCUCACAUUCCCACUUCGUAUUUAUCCAUUAGCGAUCUGCUUUGAGGAUGCGGUGGUCAUUGGUGUAGCGCAAUCCUUCAAGGAGAUUGUUGUCAACUCCGACUGCUCCUCUUCCAGUCAGCUGUUUCCUUUCGCAACGACAGAGCGCACAGUUCAAAUAUAUCUUCAUCAUAUUUUACGUUCAUUACUUCGUCGCAACACGGUAGUACAUUGUGAAGAAAUUGCACAGAGCUGCAGUUCAUUACCGUACUUUGCACACGUGCUUGAGCUAAUGCUUCACGAGGUGCUCGAGGAAGAGGCAGUCAAGCGACCGCAGGAUGCACUACUGCCAGCCAUCAUUGCAUUCCUGAAGCUGUUUCCACAGUACCUAGAGGUGGUGGGUAGGUGUGCUCGCAAGACUGAAGUCGCACUAUGGAGGCAUCUCUUCCAGUACGUCGGCAGUCCGGAGGAGCUAUUCGCUGAAUGCCUGGCUCACAACCAACUGGAAAUGGCUGCCUCCUAUCUCAUCAUCAUUCAGAGUAUUGAAGCACCGAAAGUCAGCCGACAGCACGCAACACGCCUACUGAAUUCAUCGCUGGAGCAGAGGCUGUGGCCGCUGGCCAAGGAUUUAGUUCGCUUCCUCAGGACAAUAGCAGCAUCAUCAGAGCCUGCAACACCGACAGCGUCCGUACCGCCCGUAAGCAUUGCAACAUCACCGGUGACCGCUGAACGCCGACCUCUGGGCAGGAUGUCCUCUGCUGACUCUACUGGCAAGGACGAACCAGAGAUGAACUUUGUCCGCCCUGUGUUCACCACUGGCGAUAUCCAGUCUUCAAGAGAGGAGUACUUCAUUGACGUGAUUUUGGCACGGCAUGCUCGCAAGAUGCUGGCGGAGGGAAACCUGCGGGACUUGGGUAGCUUCGUUGCCUAUCUGGACUUUCCCUUGAAAUCGUGGCUAACGAAGGAAAGGUAUCGAGUCGGGAAGGUUGAGAACUUCAUGGCCUGCUUCCAGAUGAUUCACACUGACUUUGAAUGGCCACUUCCCAACACUCCUGUUGAGUUCUCUGCGGUACGGCGCUCGGCUGCUGAUGUCCAGUUGCUAUCUCCACGCUUGUCAUGCGGCUCUACAAGCAGUACGACUGCAUCGGACUCGGCAAACGCCGCCUCUGCAAGCGCAGCUGCUGCCUCCAUGUCGCCUCCAGACCAGUUCAAGACCAAUCCGCCGUGGAGUAGUCUUGUGGCGUUGUCGUCAGCACUGCGUGACAACAUCAGCAUCAAAAGUGCCUCAUCGCUGGAUGCACUGAGUGAUUUUGGUGGCGAUGAUGACACAAUGGAUGAAAGCGUGCUGGCAGAGAUGAAUGAGUCGCGUAAGGGCUCUCAUCAGUCCGAACAAGAACUGAGAUACAUGAUGACGGUGAUGCUGUCAGCAGGCUGCUUCGACUGGGCAAUUCUCAUAGCCGUGGUGUUGCGUGAUAGCAGUCGAGUAAAUACUGUACUACAUGUGGCACGUGAUGUGGCCACAAGCUUGACGGAAUUCUCCGAGCGCAAGGAAGCGGCCUCAAUGGCGGAGCGCAUUCUUGUCGGCUUGGAUUUGCUCUGCAAGUGGGCCCAGGAUCGCUGUGAGUUCUUCCUGCCCUUCUUGAACAGUGUCACGGACCAGUGGUCCUCCAUCGUCCAGGCUCAAGUGGACGUUAUGGAGAACCAAACGACGCCGACACAGGAUGGCUGUGUGUUUGCCAUCCCCUCGAGUUCUUCAACUGAUGGUGCGCCUGCCGAUGGUACUGCGCCGGGAAGUGAUGAAGCUGCGACUGCGCGUCGUGAUUCUUCAACGCUACGGACGCCGUCUUCGGGCUCUCGUGGAAGCGCAUCUUCCGAUGGUGGAGGUUGCGUCAUAUCUUGAAGGGAAUGAAACGACACGCUUUCUUGUCACCGCAGUGCCCGACCCUGUUCUACUGUUCUGUUUUGCACCUGACUGCUAGCUGUUAGCUGUGCACGUGUGUGUGCGUGCGUCCUUCGGGUCUUGUCAAAGUCAUCGCCAACUGCCAGAUGAGGUACACAAACAGACACACACACUCUCUCUGUCACACAUACACACUGUCUGGUAAGAUGUGAUAUGCACAACUCUGAGCUUGCCAGGUGUCUCCUGAGAAGGGUCAGGGUACCUUUAGAGCGAGCAACCUCUUCAGUUGGUAUGUUGUUGGGAACUGGAAGCUGAUAUUUAUUUUUAGGCGCCAGUGGCAACUUGCCUUGGUCUCUCUCUCUCUAUCUUUCUCUCUAUCUCCUAAAUAUUUCCCUUUUAUUAUUCAACCUUCGCUUAGAAUGUACCACUAGUACCUCCCUAUCAAACUAGGGUUUAGCUGCACUUGCUUUCACUCAUAGUUGUACCCUGUAAGGUAUGUCGCCCUAACAUGGCUUCAGUGUGUUCAUGGCCGUCAGUGAAUCUGUCCCCGGCCUGCAACCGUCAAGUCAAGAUGCACUGCGCGCGCACACACACACAGACACGCCUAGUUGUUCGUCUGUGUGCCGCCAGGACUGCUCUUCUCCACCUAGCUCUAGUCAUGUGAUACCAUAAUUUGAAACUGCCAAUGUUAUAGUCUCACUUGUGUGGCAGCCUGCUGUCGAUUACACGACACCAACAGCAACACAUCCAUCGAUCAGCCAUUCAUCAUCAUCAUCUUCAUCAUCAGCAACAUCAUCAGCAACAUCGUAUUCCACGAAUAUCAUUAUUAUUUUACAUUUCCUUGAAUACAUACAUCAUCAUGAUCAUAUCAUCAUCCAUUGCCAAACGAAUGAAAGUCAUGAAAGUCAGCAGUCAUGAUAAUGUUAUCCUGCCACGUAACUACAUGUACAGUACGUAUCGUUAAAAGCAGGAGUGCUUGAUAAACGAAUUUUGAUUCUGAA